GGCCACAACUAUGUCGUAGUAACCACAUCGCGCGCGCUUCACAGUUAACAACAAAUAUGGCUCCUAUCGUCAGAGAGGUUCUGUCUUUACAGCCAGUCAUUUUCCAUUAUUGGCAGUUCUGCUCUAGAAGUUUCGCUAGAAGAUGCCCAGUCAUCUGUCGGAGUAACAUAAUUUCAAACUAUAAUUUAAAAACCAAAGCGGAGAAUUAUAAUGACAAGACUAAUUACUCUUUCGUUUCUCAUUUACGAGACUCAAAUGUGUUAAGAAUAAGAUCGUCGCAUUAUAAGCUCAAAGAAUUGUCUCUUUUACCACCAAAUAAACAUACUGACUUCAUUGGCCGAUCAAAAGAUAUUUUGAGAAAGUUUCUUACACUCGUGCUAUGCUCAGCUGGUGGGUACCUAGUUGUUGACUUUCUCAAACCCACCUUCACAUUACAUGCUGCUCCAUCCAGUCUAGCCCAGAGAAAUUUUAUCGCUGACAUCGUGGACAAGGCAGGACCAGCCGUUGUGUUUAUUGAAAUCAAAGGAAGGUGAUUUUUUAAAAUCCCUGUUGUCACGUAUACUUUUGUUUUUAAAUAUGAAUGCAUAUGCUAAUUGAUUUUGAAAAAUAAUAAGAGAAAUACCGCUAAUACAAAAAAAAAAUAAAAAAAAAAUAGAUAUAUUUUCCUUCCAAUUUUUUGUUUGUUUUGGCCGAACAUUUACCAAGAAAGUAAAAGAGAUUUCUUUUAGCCCAAAUCUUCCCCCCAAGUGUAGAAAGUAUGUGAUGCUCAGGGGCGUAGGUGACUUUUUUGACAGAGUGGGGUCCAACCUUAGAUAUCUUUUGAGCACUAUAUAAAAAAGUAAAUAAAAAAAACAACUCAUCGCAUUUGGGUGUUUAAAAUGUAUCUUGACGCCAUCGGGGGGGGGAAGGGGGUCCAGACCCCCGGACCCCCAGUCAGAACAGUCCCUGGCGGUGCUUCAUCUUUUAACUCCUUGGUAACAAAACGAGACACAACCAAAUAAAGACUUUUUUUUUUUUUUAACUUAUAAAUAAACACAUUUUCAAAUUUGUCUUAAAUACCUGAAUAAUUGAUUUGUUCACAAGUUAAAAAAAAAAUUGUGUCUGUGUAGAAAAAUAAAUUCAAAACUUUUUUAAAUUAACUUUAUAGCUUUAAUGAUAUUACAUAGAAUAAAUGUAAUAGCAAACUAGUAUUACUUUGCGGAUUGCAAAUAAUUUAAUACUUUACAUAUACAAAAGUAAAACAAUGAACAUAACACUGAACUCCCCCCCCCCCCCCCUUUUUUUUUUUUCACAACGCAAUUAAAGUAAUUAUGUCUCUCAUAAAUGACACACCUAUUAUCUUUAGACACCCGGUAAGUGGUAAACGAGUGACCAUAGCUAACGGCUCAGGGUUUCUUGUCCGACAAAAUGGUCUGAUCCUGACCAACGCCCACGUUGUGGCAAAUAAGUCGAAAGUCAUCGUCAAACUCCAUGAUGGCUCCACGUUUGAAGGCACUGUCACAGCUGUCGAUCCAGUGUGUGAUUUGGCAACUGUCAAGAUUGAUACCGAGGUAAGUGAUUUGGCAACUGUCGAGAUUGAUACCGAGGUAAGUGAUUUGGCCACUGUCAAGAUUGAUACCGAGGUAAGUGAUUUGGCAACUGUCAAGAUUGAUACCGAGGUAAGUGAUUUGGCAACUGUCUAGAUUGAUACCGAGGUAAGUGAUUUGGCCACUGUCAAGAUUGAUACCGAGGUAAGUGAUUUGGCAACUGUCUGGAUUGAUACCGAGGUAAAUGAUUUGACAACUGUCAAGAUUGAUACCGAGGUAAGUGAUUUGGCCACUGUCAAGAUUGAUACCGAGGUAAGUGAUUUGGCAACUAUUUGGAAGAAUACCAAGGUAGUGGUUUGACAACUGUCAAUAGUCAUACCGAGGUAGGAAAGUGCUUUGACAACUGUUAAGAUUGAUACCGAACUGUUAAGAUUGAUACCGAAGUAUGUGAUUUGACAACGGUUAAGUUGGUACUGAAGUGAUUAGGCAAUUGGCAUGGCUGACACCGAGGUAAGUGAUUAGGCAAUUGACAUGACUGAUGCCGAAGUAAGUGAUUAGGCAAAUGACAUGACUGAUAUCGAGAUGGCUUGAGAUGUAAAUAAUUUUAUAUAUACAUUUGUUUUGUUUUAUAUAAUUAAUGUAUGUCAAUUAGUUAUUUCAGAUUUUUAUUAUGUUUGUUAAAUUGUAUGUACUGCGUGGUGAGCCCAGCCCUAGGCUGUGGUACCACGCUAUAUAAAGCCACGUAUAAUAAUAAUAAUAAUAAUACCGAGGUAAGUGAUUAGGAAAUUGACAUGACUGACACUGAUGUAAGUGAUUAGGCAAUUGACAUGACUGACACCGAGGUAAGCUAAGGACAGACGACCAAACUUUUUUUGUUGACAGUUUUUGAGAAAAAUUUAAAUAUCACAUGCCUGCUCAUAUUCCCUGUUCCUACUCACUGCUCCUGCUUCCACCUGCUCCCACUCCUCUCGGAUGCUUAUGAACAAACAAGAAUACGUGUUAAAGUGAAUAAUGACGUUCGUAACCAAGCUGAAGAUCAAUUUGUUAGAUGUGCAUGGAUAACUUGACAGGCGGCUGGGUCGGAGUUUGUUUUCUUUUCUUCUGGUGUGCAAUUGUCCAUUUAUACGGUGAAUCAGUUGUGUAGAUAGAUGAAUUGUGCAGAUAUAUGAAGUGUGCAGAUAUAUAAGGUGUGUAGAUAUAUGUUUAACAGUAACCUUGACUUGAGCAGUAGCUUCGACUUGAGCAGUAGCUUUGACUGGAGCAGUAGCCUUGACUUGAGCAGUAGCUUCGACUUGAGCAGUAGCCUUGACUUGAGCAGUAGCUUUGACUGGAGCAGUAGCUUUGACUGGAGCAGUAGCCUUGACUUGAGCAGUAGCCUUGACUUGAGCAGUAGCCUUGACUUGAGCAGUAGCUUUGACUGGAGCAGUAGCCUUGACUGGAGCAGUAGCCUUGACUUGAGCAGUAGCUUUGACUGGAGCAGUAGCUUUGACUGGAGCAGUAGCCUUGACUGGAGCAGUAGCUUUGACUGGAGCAGUAGCUUUGACUGGAGCAGUAGCUUUGACUGGAGCAGUAGCCUUGACUGGAGCAGUAGCCUUGACUGGAGCAGUAGCUUUGACUGGAGCAGUAGCCUUGACUGGAGCAGUAGCCUUGACUUGAGCAGUAGCUUUGACUGGAGCAGUAGCCUUGACUGGAGCAGUAGCCUUGACUGGAGCAGUAGCCUUGACUGGAGCAGUAGCCUUGACUGGAGCAGUAGCCUUGACUUGAGCAGUAGCCUUGACUGGAGCAGUAGCCUUGACUGGAGCAGUAGCCUUGACUGGAGCAGUAGCCUUGAAUUGAGCAGUAGCCUUGACUGGAGCAGUAGCCUUGACUGGAGCAGUAGCCUUGAAUUGAGCAGUAGCNACACACACACACACACACACACACACACACACACACACACACACACACACACACACACACACACACACACACACACACACACACACACACACACACACACACACACACACACACACACACACACACACACACACACACACACACACACACACACACACACACACACACACACACACACACACACACACACACACACACACACACACACACACACACACACACACACACACACACACACACACACACACACACACACACACACACACACACACACACACACACACACACACACACACACACACACACACACACACACACACACACACACACACACACACACACACACACACACACACACACACACACACACACACACACACACACACACACACACACACACACACACACACACACACACACACACACACACACACACACACACACACACACACACACACACACACACACACACACACACACACACACACACACACACACACACACACACACACACACACACACACACACACACACACACACACACACACACACACACACACACACACACACACACACACACACACACACACACACACACACACACACACACACACACACACACACACACACACACACACACACACACACACACACACACACACACACACACACACACACACACACACACACACACACACACACACACACACACACACACAUACACACAUACACAGACACACAGACACAUACACACAUACAUAUACAUACACACAUAUACACACACACAUACAAGGUGGCUCAAAACACUGAGAACAUCUCCAACCAAAGGGUUAUGUAAUUGAAUUAAUCGAAUGUUUUGUCUCUGACAGUUGUAUGAACAUUAUGACGCUAAUCAGAAAACAUGUUCAAUAUCUGUCUGCCCCCCCCCCCCUGCUUCUCAACGACUUUUUUUAAGCGUUGGCGCCUCGUUUCUGCUUCUGACAACAAAGCGACGUCAUCAUAUCGUUUCGGCCACCCUGUAUAAAGAGAACAAUCCUUGCACUUAUGUCACGUGACAUAUACGUAAGGAAAUGUAGGAAAAAUCUCUCUCUCUCUCUCCACUAGGAAAGCUGGACCUAUGAUUAAAUAUAAUUAAAUCAGAACCAUCUAGUGGAGGCCUGCACAACUCAAAAUAUAAAAUUAUGAAAAACUUGUGCGGGCCAAACGAAAAUAGGUCGGGGGGAAAGCUAUUAACAAAAUAAUAAGAAUAAAGAAUAUUUCGUUACUUCGCGGGCCACAAAGUGGGUGCUGGUGGGUGACAUGCGGGCCGUAUGUUGUGCAGGCCUGAUCAUGUGAAGAGAUUUUAGAAAUUGCGUCACUUGAUAGCAUUCUACAGAGAAAAAUAAAUUGGAACGUAAACCCCCCCCCCCCCCCCCGAUCAAAAGUGGGUUGGGGAAGGGGGACGGUGUUUGCUCUCCGUUGAAGGGACAUUGGGUCGAGACACAAGCUGUAACUAUAAAAACUACAAACGUUAAGACGGCAAGGCUUGACCAUAACAGAGUUUGUGACGCUCGGGCCGUGCUUGACUUUGACGCCUCCUCCAGCACAAGAAUCCCAGAACUUUCAGAAUACAAAUCAAACAGUAUCCCUAUACGUGUAUGUUGUAGAUAGCAUAUCAUUAUGAAUUGUACCCUACGGCUGUGCCAUGAAGCAAAUUCCUUAUCCUUGGCUAAAGACGGGGCACAUUGUCCCCAGAAAAGAUAGGUGAUGCUUGCAUUCAAACCAUUGUCUCGUAUGACUAGCGCUAAAAUAGUGAAAGCUAGAUGUAAGCUCUAAUAUAUAUAUAUAUAUAUAUANCUAUUAUUUUGAGUUCUGAGACUCCCAAGGCAGCAGUCUUGGCUUAUUAAAGGUUGUUAAGUUAUCUCCCAUGAUGUGUCUUCUGACAGAAAAAACUGCCCAUUAUCCCCCUUGGUAAAUCGGCCAGCAUCAGGCCGGGCGAGUUUGUGGCAGCCAUGGGCAGCCCCCUGUCUCUUCACAAGACUGUCACUAUUGGCAUUGUCAGCAGCCACCUCAGGGGCAGCAAGGAGCUGGGCAUCAACAACAAUGACAUGGAGUACAUACAAACGGAUGCUACGAUUGGAGUGAGUUGUGCCAAUGUCUUGUACCGACGUCUUGUACAGAUGUCUUCUAUCGAUGUCUUGUACCGAUGUCUUGUGACGAUGUCUUGUACCGAUGUCUUGUAUAGAUGUCUUGUACCGAUGUCUUGUACCGAUGUCUUGUGAAAAUGUCUUGUGCCGAUGUCUUGUAACGAUGUCUUGUAACGAUGUCUUGUAUUGAUGUCUUGUAUUGAUGUCUUGUAACGAUGUCUUGUAUUGAUGUCUUGUAUUGAUGUCUUGUGAGAUAUCUUGUGCCGAUGUCUUUUUACCGAUGUCUUGUGACGAUGUCUUGUACCGAUGUCUUGUGACUAUAUCUUGUGCCGAUGUCUUGUGACGAUGUCUUGUAUCGAUGUCUUUUACCGAUGUCUUGUACCUAUGUCUUGUCUUGAUGUCUUGUGACGAUGUCUUUUGUGGUUAGCUACGAUUGGAUUAAGUUGUGCCAAUGUGUUGUAACGAUUUCUAGUACUGAUGUCUUGUACCAAUAUUUUGUACCAAUGUCUUGUGCCAAUUUCUUUUGUGGUCAGCUGAGAUUGGAGUGAGUUGUAAGUUGUACCAAUGUCUUGUACAAAUGUCUUUUGUGGUCAGCUACGAUUUGAGUGAUUUAUUGUACCGUGUCCCGUGGCAUGUGUGGUAAGCUCUGUGUGGCUGUGGAUACUGUUUUAAAUUUUAUCUCUUCAUUAAAAGUUUAAUAGUAAUAGUGGGUGUGGUCUAUAAAUAAUAUAAUACCUGCACGUGCCAUUUAAGUGACGUUUGUCUUUCAGCUGGGUAACUCUGGCGGACCACUUGUUAACUUGGUAAGUUAGCGCCCUUCUUCACAUCCCUCAUCCUGGUAUUUUAUUGUAUUGUGUCGUCGCUGUUUGUAAGGUAACACUGCCAUUUUCAUUUUACGACCGGCAACACUGCCAAAGUGACAGUGAGAGGGACUGUUGACUGACCAGUAUUGUUGUCGUGUGUACUGACUGAACUUAGUGACCUGACUGUCCUGUGUUGUCACGUUGUCUGACUGGACGUGGUGAGUUGUUUUCAUGGAUAAAUGAACUUAAAUGUGUCAACAGUGGCUGGAUAACUGGAGUUAGUGGUCAUGUGAUGUGGGGCAUAUUGGUUGGAUAACUGGAGUGAGUGGUCAUGUGAUGUGGGGUAUAUUGGUUGGAUAAUUGGAGUGAAUGGUCAUGUGAUGUGGGGUAUCUUGGUUGGAUAACUGGAGUGAGUUGUCAUGUGAUGUGGGGCAUAUUGGUUGGAUAACUGGAGUGAGUUGUCAUGUGAUGUGGGGUAUAUUAGUUGGAUAACUGGAGUGAGUGGUCAUGUGAUGUGGGGCAUAUUGGUUGGAUAACUGGAGUGAGUUGUCAUGUGAUGUGGGGUGUAUUGGUUGGAUAACUGGAGUGAGUGGUCAUAUGACGUGGGGCAUAUUGGUUGGAUAACCUAAGUGAGCGGUCAUGUGAUGUGGGGUAUAUUGAUUGGAUAACUGGAGUGAGUUGUCAUAUGAUGUGGGGCAUAUUGGUUGGAUAACCUAAGUGAGCGGUCAUGAUAUGUGGGGUAUAUUGAUUGGAUAACUGGAGUGAGUUGUCAUAUGAUGUGGGGCAUAUUGGUUGGAUAACUGGAGUUUGUGGUAAUCUGAUGUGGGGCAUAUUGGUUGGAUAACUGGAGUGAGUGGUCAUGUGAUGUGGGGCAUAUUGGUUGGAUAACUGGAGUGAGUGGUCAUGUGAUGUGGGGUAUCUUGGUUGGAUAACUGGAGUGAGUGGUCAUCUGAUGUGGGGUAUAUUGGUUCGAUAACUGGACUGAUUGGUCAUGUGAUGUGGGGCAUAAUUGGUUGAAUAACUGGAGUGAGUGGUCAUGAUAUGUGGGGUAUAUUGAUUGGAUAACUGGAGUGAGUGGUCAUGUGAUGUGGGGUAUAAAAAGAAUAAAAUUAGUUGUUACGCAGACCACAGCCUUGAGUUCAUAAUUAUUAUACUAUACACGACUACAGCCUACACCACUGACGCCACUGCGCCUACAAGACUGACACUACAGCCUACACGACUGAUACCACUGCCUACACGACUGACACCGCUACCUACACGACUGACGCCACUGCCUACACGACUGACACCGCUGCCUACACAACUGACGCCACUGCCUACACGACUGACACCGCUGCCUACACAACUGACGCCAUUGCCUACAAGACUGACACUACAGCCUACACGACUGAUACCACUGCCUACACGACUGACGCCACUGCCUACACUACUGACACCGCUACCUACACGACUAACGCCACUUCCUACACGACUGACACCGCUGCCUACACAACUAACGCCAUUGCCUACAAGACUGACACUACAGCCUACACGACUGAUACCACUGCCUACACGACUGACGCCACUGCCUACACGACUGACGCCACUGCCUACACGACUGACACCGCUGCCUACACAACUGACGCCAUUGCCUACAAGACUGACACUGCAGCUUUCACCACUGACACCACUGCCUACAAGACUGUCACUACAGCCUACAUGACUGACACCACUGCCUACACCACUGACACCACUGCCUUCACGACUUACACUACAGCCUACAAGACUGACACUGCUGCCUACAAGACUGAUGCUACAGCCUACACGACUGACACCACUGCCUACACGACUGUCCCCACUGCCUACACAACUGACGCCACUGCCUACACAACUGACACCACUGCCUACACGGUUAAUACCACUGCCUACACGACUGUCGCCACUGCCUACACGACUGACGCCACUGCCGACACGACUGACGCCACUUCCUACACGACUGACGCCACUGCCUACACGACUGACGCCACUGCCUACACGACUGACGACACUGCCUACACGUCUGAUUCAGGGUGAUUGUAAAAAAAGAGGAUUAAAAUCGUAAUCUUAUAUAUUUUGGUAUGUGUUUAUUUCUCUCUCUUAACAUAACAAACGCGACAUUUCUAUAUUUCAAAAAAACAAAAUUUUCAUUCUAUAGUUACUUCACGUCACUUAACCGAUUCAGGUUGCUUAAAAAAAUUUAUUGGUUUAUUGAAAGACAAAAAAAAAAACAACAAAAAAAAGCAAAAAAAAACACAAUUAUUUCUCCCUCCCAGGACGGCCGAGCUAUUGGUAUCAACACACUGAAGCUGACAGAGGGCAUCUCCUUCGCUAUUCCUUCGGACUACGCCUUGCCAUUGCUGGAAAAGGCUGACCUCUUGGCUGGGAAAGGUGAGCCACCCAUUUACUUGACGACGUUUUCAUUUCAACAAUGUCUAUAACUUAUUACACAACUUAUGCACAGAAAAAACAAUUUGGUUGAUUCACAAAUAAAAAACAAACAAAAAAACAAUAAUCUAACAUUAAUAAAAUACCUUCCAAGAAUAGAUGACUAAUCAUUCAGCAAUACGCAUUAACUGCCCCUAAAUCCGCGAUAACUCUCCAUGAAAAGUCACUAAAAGUCCCAAAGUCACCCCCCCCCCACACCCUCGAAAAGACCAGGUUUAAUGAAAGGGCAUUUUUUUUAAUCAUCUGCUGCCCAGCUGACCUCAACAAAAAGCCCAACUACCUGCCCAAUGGGAAGGAGACCAACAAACGCAGGUACAUGGGGAUCACCAUGCUGCCCCUGACGGUCCCCAUCAUCAUGGAACUCAAGGAGAAAUUCGCAGACUUUCCGGAGAUAGCUACUGGUGUUUACAUACACAGAGUCAUAGUUAGCUCCCCUGCUUACGCGUAAGUUGUACCCGGCACAACAGGCACUGUACCUCACAGAUUCUCAACCUUUUUUUUUUUCUUCUUCAAAUCACGACCCCGUUUUCUAGGAGAUAACACAUCCGAUCUCAAUGAAAAAAUUCUUUUAUUAGUAAAAGAAAAAAAUCGAUAACAUAUUUUUCAGUAUAACAUGUCAUUUAGUUAUUCAAUAUACUUUUAACAGUAUGAAAUAUCAUUAUGUAAUUCACCAUAAUUUUAACAGUAACACUUAUCAUUCUGUAAUUCACCAUAAUUUUGACAGUAAGAAUGAUCAUUAUGUAAUUCAAUAUAAUUUUAACGGUAUGAAAUAUUUAUUGGGUUGAUUAAAAUGGCGGCUCACUAACAAGAUGACAAAGUAAUCGCCGUGUUUUCGUUAACGCUAACCUCGUGUCAUUCUCAAUAUUUUAUCUGUUGCUUGUUUUGAUUUUCAAACAAGGAAUAGUUACAAUUGCAGCCUCGCAAUGAUGUGUAUAGACAGAUGGGAGUACUGGCCCUUGAUAUUAGUCAAACCCUAACACACCACUGUCUACACUAGACAGAUGGGAGUACUGGCCCAUGAUAUUAGUCAAACCUUAACACACCAUUGUCUACACUAGACAGAUGGGAGUACUGGCCCAUGAUAUUAGUCAAACCCUAACACACCACUGUCUACACUAGACAGAUGGGAGUACUGGUCCAUGACAUUAGUCAAACCCUAACACACCACUGUCUACACUAGACAUAUGGGAGUACUGGCCCAUGAUAUUAGUCAAACCCUAACACACCACUGUCUACACUAGACAGAUGGGAGUACUGGCCCAUGAUAUUAGUCAAACCCUAACACACCACUGUCUACACAACGCAUACACAGAUUCAAACAUGGGAGUAGCUUUUACAUUUUUUAAAAUCAUAAAUCUUUGUUGAGAACCUCUGCUGUUACUGAAGGACUGCCAACUUCCACGUGUAAGAUAUGGGUCUAGGUUGACGUGCGUGAAAGAUGCUGUAUUGAUGCAUUCUAGAAUUCUACUAACGAUGCAUUGUCUGUAUAUUCACAGUAUCGAUCAAUUUAGAACAGAGCUGUUUAGGGACACCCCCUACCCCCCAGCCGGGGGAUCUUCAGUUUUAAAAAGGGCACUGAAAUGGUAGACAGGAAGAAGGGCUUCUGCCAGCCGCAAGUUAUUGACAAAUUUCAAGAGGAACAUUACUGUAGUUGGCGGUCCUGUUAUUCUAUAUUUCUCUUUUCUGUUGGCACCAGUGACAUGGGGUUGUACCUGAUAUGAUCGGGGUAUAUGCCAGAUAUGUUAAAAUAAGGCGUUUGAAACAGUUGAUCAGCAAAAUUUUCUUGUGUCAUCUCCAGAGGUGGCCUGCACGCCGGUGACAUCAUCAUUGACAUCAACGGCGCCAAAAUCGACUCAGCCGGUGAUGUGUACAGCAUGGUGGAGAAGUCAGACAUGCUGCGCAUCACUGUCAUCAGGGGGAAGCACCUGGAGAGAUUCUCCGUCAUCACGGAGGCGCUGUAGUGACCUCCCUUUAUGAGAAGAUCUGAGGUUUUAAUGAUGGGGUAGGAUAUGACGCCACGAGAAUCAAUAGGAUCGAUAGAACACGUGACAGAAUAUGCGAGAUCACAAGCUAGAACAUGAUGCUACAUGUAGUAGAAUACAUCAAGAUAUCAUUUGAUAUAUCAUUUUAUAUGUUUUAAUACUAAUUGUUAUGGAGGAAAUUAAUAAAAUUGAUGAAGAUGCUAACAACUUGGACCAUGCACAACACUCGAAAUGUGAAAAACCUAUACUACUAGAAGCUAGAAGCUUAAUCGGACUCUCGUUCAGAGGAUUCAGAGGCAAAACAAGUUGUAAGGAACUCUUUAUUGGAUCGAAUCAUCUUUGUUAAUAUCUUAUGUUUACACUUACCUGCACAGGAGAUGGUUAAAAAAAACUAAAAAAUCAAAGUACGAGGACGACAAGUCUUGGUUUGAGUUUAAAAUCAUGUACCGAAGGGCAGAUCCAGGGAACAUUCUGAAUCAGACAGAGCUGAUAACCAAUGGUGUUGUGGACAUUUUCGCACAAUGAAAAAAAAUUAAUCAAGAU